AUGCCGCCGAUGCGGAGCUCCAAUCUUUAUAACAGGCGACCCCGGACGUUGUUGGUUGAGCUUUUCUAUUUCGAUCUGAAUCGCCAACACAUCUCUCACCAAAAGGCGCCGGCUCUGAGUUCAUCCCCCCUUCCCCAAGGAGAGAACGCCACCCUCGCCGACUUCCACUCCAUCCAGACCAAGACCACCCACAGCCCUGCAUACUUCACCUCUGGCUUCUACAAGAUCGAGGCUGGCCCCGCUCGUCCUGCCCACUACACCUUCGAGGAGACUAAGUAUGUCCUGAACGGACAGAUCGAUGUUCUGGACGAGGCCACCGGCAUCACCCACCACCUCAUUCCAGGUGACUUCGCCUUCUUCAAUGUCGGGACAAAGGUCAAGUUCUCGACGAAGUCUAGCGGUCUCGCUUUCUACGCUGUUACCCGCCCUGUUCGCUCUCCCCACCCUAACCUCCAGGGCCGUGAGGAAGAGAAGAAGUCGUCUCGUCUGUAG